GAGCCCGAGCCCGAGCCGGAGCCGCGGCGGCCGCGGAGCACCGGCGCCGGCGCAGUAUGAUGAAGCAGCCAGCGGAGCCGGGAGCCUGAGCCCUCGUGAAGCCGGCAAUGACAAGUCUGAAUGGUCGCCAUGCCGAGAAAACCAUUGACAUGCCAAAGCCAUCAGCCCCCAGAGUGCACGUGCAGAGGUCCGUGUCCCGAGACACUAUCGCCAUUCACUUCUCGGCAUCCGGGGAGGAGGAGGAGGAGGAAGAGGAGGAGUUCAGGGAGUACCUCGAGGAGGGGCUGGAUGACCAAAGCAUCGUAACGGGGCUCGAGGCCAAGGAAGACCUCUGUCUUGAACCCCAGGGGGGCUAUGACUCCACCGGCCCUGCUGCCCAGCCCAUCCUGGCAGGGGGACUGUCCGUGUCCCCUGCCAUUUUGCCCGUCUCCGAGAACACUGUAAAGCUGUUGGAGUCCCCUCCUCCGGCAGUGCAAGUAUUAAGUACAGUGCCAUUGGCUCUGUCCCCAGGGUCAUCUUCGUCCGGGCCCUUAGCUAGCUCUCCCAGCGUGUCGUCCCUUUCUGAGCAGAAAACCAGUUCUUCGUCCCCGUUGUCCUCUCCUUCCAAGUCUCCCAUCCUGUCCUCCAGUGCCUCAGCCUCCACCCUCUCCAGUGCAAAACCCUUCAUGAGCCUUGUGAAGUCCCUGUCGACCGAGGUGGAGCCAAAAGAACCCCCACACCCCUCGAGGCACAGGCACUUGAUGAAGACAUUAGUCAAGUCUCUGUCCACAGACACCUCCAGGCAGGAGUCAGAUACUGUGUCCUAUAAACCACCGGACUCCAAGCUCAAUUUACAGCUGUUCAAGCAGUUCACACAGCCACGAAACACAGGUGGAGACUCCAAAACUGCGCCUUCUUCCCCACUGACUUCUCCCUCCGAUACGCGCUCCUUUUUUAAAGUGCCCGAAAUGGAGGCUAAAAUCGAAGACACUAAGCGUCGCCUUUCAGAAGUCAUAUAUGAGCCUUUUCAGCUCCUUAGUAAAAUUAUAGGGGAAGAAAGUGGCAGCCAUAGGCCCAAAGCCUUAUCUUCAAGUGCUUCAGAACUCUCCAAUCUGUCCAGCUUGAACGGUCACUUGGAAAGCAAUAACAACUACAGCAUCAAGGAAGAGGAGUGUGACUCUGAGGGGGACGGCUACGGGAGUGACCCCAGCGUCCCCGGGGGUGACCCCCCCAGGUCCUCCGACGAGCCGCCCUCAAGAGAGGCGGAACCGAAGAGUUCCCAGGGCAGCGGUCUGAAGGACUUAGGCCUGAAGACGAGCUCGCUGGUUCUUGAGAAAUGUUCCUUGUCUGCCUUGGUGAGCAAAGAAGAUGAGGAGUUUUGCGAACUGUACACCGAGGACUUUGAUUUGGACGCGGAGGUGGAGAUCGCGCUGGACAAGCUCCCGGAUAUCCCUGUCAAGCCCGAGGUGCUGGCGGAUGACGGUCCGACUCUGGACAGUGAGGACGAGGCCCACUCGGCCGUGCAGCACCCGGAGCUGCCGGUGAAGACGCUGGGCUUCUUUAUCAUGUGUGUCUAUGGGUACCUCAUCCUCCCCCUUCCCCAUUAUGUGAGCGGACUCUUUCUGGGAAUUGGUCUUGGGUUCAUGACUGCGGUUUGCAUGAUCUGGUUUUUUACACCACCAAGUGCUCAUAAAUAUCACAGAUUACAUAAAAGCCUACAACACUGGAACACAAGAUCCCUGGAUAUCAAAGAACCAGAAAUACUAAAGGGAUGGAUGAAUGAGAUUCACAACUAUGAUCCAGAAACUUACCAUGCGACUUUGACCCAUUCAGUCUUUGUUCGACUUGAGGGUGAGACCUUAAGACUUUCAAAGCCCAAUAAAAAUAUAUCCAGGAGGGCAAGCUACAAUGAAACAAAGCCAGAGGUUACCUACAUCAGCCAGAAAAUCUACGACCUUUCAGACAGCAAGAUUUAUCUUGUACCUAAAAGUUUGGCUCGAAAACGAAUUUGGAAUAAAAAGUACCCCAUUUGUAUCGAGCUUGGUCGACAAGAUGACUUUAUGUCUAAGGCCCAGACUGAUAAAGAGACUUCCGAAGAAAAACCACCAGCCGAGAGAGAGCUGGGAGGUGAGGACCCUAAGAAGCCACCCCAUUCUCAGGAGGGAACAAGAUCUGGCCAGCGAGAUCAGAUACUGUAUCUCUUUGGGAGAACUGGCCGAGAGAAAGAGGAGUGGUUUAGGCGAUUUAUUCUGGCAUCUAAAUUGAAGUCGGAAAUCAAGAAGCCACCUGGAGUCUCUGGAAGUAAACCAGGGGUUUUGCCCUCAUACAGCAGACACAGCAGCCCCUCGGGGCACCUGAGCCAUAGCCGCAGCAGCAGCAAGGGCAGCGCCGACGAGCUUAUAUCCCAGCCGAAGCAGAAGGAGCUGGUGGGCAGUGUGCGGCAGAAGAUGCUUCUAGACUACAGCGUGUACAUGGCCAGGUGUGUCCCCCAGGAAAACCGAAGCCCCCAAAGGAGCCCCGUGCAGAGUGCGGAGAGCAGCCCCACAGCUGGGAAGAAGUUGCCAGAGGCCGCACCCUCGGAGGAGGAAGAACAGGAAGCCUGGGUGAACGCUUUGCUUGGAAGAAUGUUUUGGGAUUUCUUAGGAGAGAAAUACUGGUCUGAUCUGGUGUCUAAGAAAAUCCAAAUGAAACUCAGCAAAAUAAAGCUCCCCUACUUUAUGAAUGAACUAACUCUGACGGAACUUGACAUGGGGGUGGCUGUGCCAAAAAUCCUUCAGGCCUUCAAGCCUUAUGUUGAUCACCAAGGACUCUGGAUCGAUUUGGGAAUGUCCUACAAUGGGUCCUUUCUGAUGACUCUUGAGACCAAAAUGAAUUUGACCAAACUGGGGAAAGAGCCUCUUGUUGAAGCCCUGAAGGUUGGAGAAAUUGGCAAAGAAGGUUGCAGGCCCAGGGCGUACUGUCUGGCAGACAGCGACGAGGAGUCCUCCAGUGCUGGCUCCUCUGAUGAAGAUGAUGCUCCAGAGCCCAGCGCAGGAGACAAACCGCUUCUCCCAGGGGCUGAAGGGUAUGUUGGGGGUCACCGAACAAGCAAGAUUAUGAGGUUUGUUGAUAAAAUUACCAAGUCAAAAUAUUUCCAGAAAGCAACAGAGACAGAGUUCAUUAAAAAGAAGAUUGAAGAAGUCUCCAAUACCCCCCUGCUGCUCACUGUGGAAGUGCAAGAAUGUAGAGGAACCCUGGCGGUCAACAUUCCACCUCCCCCGACUGACCGAAUAUGGUAUGGUUUCCGGAAGCCACCAUACGUAGAGCUGAAAGCUCGGCCAAAACUUGGAGAGAGAGAAGUGACUCUCGUUCAUGUGACAGACUGGAUAGAGAAGAAACUGGAACAAGAGUUUCAGAAGGUUUUUGUCAUGCCAAACAUGGAUGAUGUCUAUAUCCCCAUAAUGCACUCAGCCAUGGACCCUCGCUCUGCUUCCUGCUUCCUCAAAGACCCACUUGUAGAGGCUGCUGACCAGCUGUGAUGGGUGAAGAUCCGACCUUCCCAGUAUUAGAUCGGGCUCAAGGUGCGGGGGUCCUGGCUGCCAUCACAGCCCCUGCCCUGCCUGCCGGUGCCCCUUCUGUUGUGCAGCAUCAUUCCACGUAUCCUGCCUGCUGCAAAGCUUUGACUCCGCAAAGGGACUAUGGAAGAAUCAUCGAGGUGACAGGUGACUCACACCACAGCCCCAGCGUUUGUGGCAGCGAGAGCGCCGUGAGAGCACAGCUUACAACUGGAGGGCCUUCCCCUUGCCUCGACUCCUACAAAGCUUUUCCUCAGGCAGCCAGCGCACAGUGGAAGGGUUUUGCACUUCUAGUCCGUAGGUGAUGCAGCCCUCCGCUCUUCCAGAGGUCCGUUCAGGAACGUGAGGGGGUGGGGAGUGGAACUUUGUGAACCAUUUCACUGGUGAUAAAGAGAUACGCAUAGCAGCCUACUGUUCCUAUUAAAUUGUGUUUGGGAAGCAAGUAGCCAUAGAACAUACACACACUAACAUCCUAUCAGCUGGGGUGGGGACUGCGGGAUUUCUGCGAGCAUCAGGCAAAGCCAUGAGAUCAAACCGUCCCAAGCCCUCUACCACUGAGGUACAAUCACCUGGUUUCUAACUAAUCCCAGAUGUUUUCCUGAGACAUAAGCAUAUGUGAAAAUGUCAAAUACUGCACAUAAGGAAUUGAGGUGGUGGGGGGCAGAAAGCCAGAGCCCCAUCUUUCUAUCUGGCACUUCCUAUGUGCUCCAUGCUUUCUUUCUACAGGCCAUCUAAAUGCUUUGUUAAAUCUACCUGGUUUGGGAGGUUUUGAGGUUAUGGGCAGUUUCCUCUUCUGAUGGCCAAAACGGAGAACUAUCACCUUUGAGAGUCAAGACCAAGUUUUGCUCAACAUUAAACACUAUGUUAUCUCAAAACUCACGUGAUCUUUCUUUAAUGUUGCCAACCUCAUUUUGUGCAUUUGUGUCAGAAUGUUUUGGUUUACAAGUUCGGGGCCUCCCUAGUUGUAUAACUUGCUUUGAGAAGUACACUUAAAACACAACUUUUUAUUGUUUAAAGUUGCAAUCGACAUCAGAACUUCCAUGGGUAACUUUUGAUAACAUCUGUGGACAAAGCUAACAGUGGUUUUUUAAACAGCACCUUGCCUGAACAUGACUUUCAAGAAAUUAAUAUAUUGAAAAAAUAUAUUUGAACCCUUGAUUACUUUAAUUGCACCAUUAAAACACUUGACUUCCAUUAUUUGAUCAUUCCAGUCGGUGUACUGUUCUAAUUUCUCAUUGUGUAGGCCGAUUUGCCUGUCAGUCCGCAUGUCUUGUUCACUGGUCUAUUAUAAUUUUUGUGCAAUAACUAAAGGCAAAGGACUAGAUGCACUACUGUGUAGAUUACACGAGCACCCUAUUGCACUUAAUCGAAUAGUAUGUGGGGAUUUACAAUCGCUUGCAUUGUUUCACAAAAUAAAUAUCUCAAUGUCAAAUACUA